AUGCUCCCGGGCCUCACGGAGCUCGAGCUGGCGCACGCGGAGGCCGAGCUGGGGUUCGCACUUCCGCCCGACCCCCGCGUGGUGCUCGCCGCGGGGCUCCCCUCGGGGCCCGGAUGGGCGCACCCGCGCGGGCCUCCGAUUGUCAAUUCAGUAAUGGGAAUGAAAAGGCGGAUGUUUAAGGAUUUGGCUCCAAUGCUUUGGUACUCCUUUGCUCAAAUUCCUCUGUACUUGUACCCAUUCUUGAAUACUACUAGCAAGGCCAAAUCUUUUGAGUACUUGCGCCUCGCUAGCCUUAAUGUCAUCGACGCUCUGGUUAAGGUAGAUGAUACAGAAACUGUCAAUUUCCUGGUGACAAGUCAAGUAAUCCCUCUGUGCUUGCCAAUCAUGGAGACAGACAGUGAGCUCCCGAAACUCGUGGCCACUUCCAUCGCCAGAAAGAUCAUGCUAGACGCGUCCGGGUUGCAGUACAUCUGCGCCACCGCGGACCGUUUCUUCGAGGCAGCCAUGGCUUUGGCGGCCAUGGUGAGCGCACUGGCCGAGCAGCCCUCCGGCAGGCUGCUGAAGCAUGUCGUCCGCUACUACCUGAGGCUGACGGAUAACCCCAGGGCCCGUGACGCGCUGCAGAUUUGCCUUCCCCAGGCUCUCAAGGAUGGGACGUUCGACCACUGCCUUCAGGACGACCCUGCCACAAGGUGCUGUCUCCAACAGCUGUUGGACAAUCUGGGUGCUCCUGUGGGCGGCGGAGCACCUCGUCCAGGCGGCGGAGGUGGAGCUGAGAAAAUGGAGUUCAUGCUUGUUGGUUCAUGUUCUUUGCAGCGUGCUCGUGGCACUGGCAAGUGGACGAUAGACAUGAUGGGACCCACGUGGCAGUGA